AUUGCCCCUCCUUUCCCUUAGAUUUACGCUACUUUGGCGUCCCCUCCCACUUUACUUUGCGUAAGUUUUCGAGGCUCCCCUUUGUUUUGGCAGCCGGAAUCCUAAGACGAUACACGAUUGUUUUUUUGUUUUCUUUCUACUUGUGUUGGUGCGUUUGUAUGCUUGUGAGUCUAUAACGGUGCCCUACUGUUUCCUUAAGUGUUGCUUGUUCGUUUUUCUAUGUUAUUCAGUUAGUCGUAGUUGUAUGUUUAUCUUUGGAACACGAGUGUCUACGCUAUCGUGGUGUACGUUGUAGUGUGACUGUUAUUAAGGAACGAGGCAUUCCCUUUGUAUAUUCGUCCUUGUUCAUCUUUCCCCUUCGGGUUCCCCACCCCGCGCGGCCCAAUUUUGCCCCUACCAUUUCCUUCUUCAUCUAUAUUUAGCAUAAAUUAAUAUGUACUUGUUGGAUGUUUGAAGCAACCCGUCUGAAAUAUUUUUCCAUUACAGCUUAUUUUUGUUGUGGGCCUAUUAUGCAAAUGCGUGGCUCUGUGGCUGUGUUUUUGGUGCUCUGUGCUUCUGAGAAAUCUACCCUUACCUCUUAUCUUUUGAAACUUGCAACACUUGUUUACCAUCAAUAGGUGACUAUAUAGAAAGUGCAAUGCUGCUGUUCAGCUACUCAGUAGUGCUUGCAGUAACUGGUGUGGUAGCUCUCUCGGAAGAAGAUGUCCUACGGCGUUUUAGCGCAAUAGAAGAUAGUGAAAGGCGGCACGAAGUUGAAAUAUAUGCUUUGAAAUCAGAGAUGAAAAGUCAACGCGAAGUUAUAGAGAAACAAGAACAGAAGAUACAGUCAAUGCAGAGAGAGAUCGAUACACUGAAAUCUGAAGACAAAGAUUGCUCCACAACAGACAAAUUACACGACAGAAUAAGACACGCACCUUCGCCUGAAAGUAUCACACGUGAAGAAGAGAUCGGAAGCAGAAAACAGAGAAAGUAUGCUCUUCCAAGAAGCAGAAUGGUCAAGAAAACUGUUACGGAAGGAGUUGCGUUUACAGUUUACUUGGACCAUGCUGUUGACUUUGGACAAGAUCAGACAAUCAAAUUCAACAAGAUCAGAAUUGAUUACAAUCUAACAAUAUUGAAACCGACAUGUUGUUGAUUUUUAUGAUAAAGAAAUGUAGAAUGUUUUAAUAACCUUCUUGCAACAAUAGGGAUGUCGCCACUAAAACCUAA